UUGCUGUAAUGAAAAUCGCUUUACUCUGGAUUUUCUGAAUGCAAAAUUCUGGACGAUUUAAUUAAAUAUGAACUUUUGUCUCUGCUUUGCCUGUGCUUCAACUACACCUUAGUCAGCCUUUUGAGCCCAGAGCUAUUUCCUCUGUGACCCCACAGGAUCUGGAGUGAAGCCGCUGCAACAAUGUCCCAUGAAUGAAUAAAUAAACAGUGGUAUAAGUUUUCCUCCCUUGAAGGUUGAGCUGACAACACUCUGAGAAGGUGGCAAAAGGGAGACCUACUCAUGGCCAGGAGACUGGGACACAGUCACCCAGGCUUGGUUCCCACAGCCCCUUGGUCUCCUUGGACUCUGGUUUCCUAAGACAGCUCUGGGGCUUUCUGGUGGGAAGCUGCCAUUAUUCUCGACGCCACAGCUCCCUGCUGCCCUCUCCUGCCCGAUGACCCAGUGACCACAAGAUUUAGCCACGAAAGGAGUCAAAUGUAUAAGUGGCCAGGGGAAUUCAGAAACCCCAGGGUCUAGGGACUGUGGUGACCCAGUGUCAGAGAGGCGGCUAGGGCCGAAUGACUGGGGGUUUCAUUAAUCUCGGGGUCCAGGGACUGAAGGACCAGACAAUUCAGUGAUUCUGGGAUCUGUCGACUUUGUGACCACAAAAUCUAGUGAUCCAACAGCCUCAAGACCCUGCAGUUGUGGUCCCAGGUUCUGAGGGGAGAGACUAAUUACUGAGUGCCCAGGAGUCCAGGAUCAAGGGGCGUCGUGAACACGUGCCUGCAGGGUCCUAGGAUCCUGAGCUGGUAUCCAGGCACUCAGCGGCUGCGGGGCUCGGACUCGGCGUCCUCACCAAGCGCUCCCGCUCAUUCUCCGCCGCUUGGCUACUCAGCCGCCCUUCCCUGGACACUCAUUGGAAAGUCCUCGGAAGCGUGUACCAAUCAAAACCCUCCUCGUGUCUCCAGUCCCCGCCCAGCUACUGCUCUAGCGAGCCGGGGGCGGGCCCUCUCCUCAAUGACCCAAUGGCAGUGCAAGCGGAGUGCCGCGCGGGCCGACCAUUGGCUGCCGCGAGCGGGCGCUGUCAGAACUGGAUUGGGCCGCGGCGAGGACGGAAGCAGCCCAAGGGCCGGAGCGGCUGGAGCCGGGCCGGGGCGAUGUGGAGCGCGGGCCGCGGCGGGUCUGCCGGGCCGGUGCUGUUGGGGCUGCUGCUGGCGCUCUUAGUGCCGGGCGGUAGUGCUGCCAAGACUGGCGCGGGGCUCGUGACCUGCGGGUCGGUGCUGAAGCUGCUCAAUACGCACCACCGGGUGCGGCUGCACUCGCACGACAUCAAAUACGGAUCCGGUGCCGGCCAGCAAUCGGUGACCGGCGUGGAGGCGUCGGACGACGCCAAUAGCUACUGGCGGAUCCGCGGCGGUUCGGAAGGCGGGUGCCCGCGUGGGUCCCCGGUGCGCUGCGGGCAGGCAGUGCGGCUCACGCAUGUGCUUACAGGCAAGAACCUACACACGCACCACUUCCCGUCACCGCUGUCCAACAACCAGGAGGUGAGUGCCUUUGGGGAAGACGGCGAGGGUGACGACCUGGACCUAUGGACAGUGCGCUGCUCUGGACAGCACUGGGAGCGUGAGGCUGCUGUGCGCUUCCAGCACGUGGGCACCUCUGUGUUCCUGUCAGUCACGGGUGAGCAGUAUGGAAGCCCCAUCCGUGGGCAGCAUGAGGUCCACGGCAUGCCCAGUGCCAACACGCACAAUACGUGGAAGGCCAUGGAAGGCAUCUUCAUCAAGCCUAGUGUGGAGCCCUCUGCAGGUCACGAUGAACUCUGAGUGUGGGAUGGAUGGAUGGGUGGAUAGAAGGUGGCAGGUGGGGUGUCUGCAGGGCCACUCUUGGCAGAGACUUUGGGUUUGUAGGGGUCCUCAAGUGCCUUUGUGAUUAAAGAAUGUUGGUCUAUGA